AUUUCAACUCAGGUUUGUGAGUUCAAGCCCCACGUCGGGUUUUGAGCUGACAGGCUCCUUGGGAUAUCUUUCCCGAUUUCUGUGUGCACUCACUCUCAAAGUAUAAAGGAAUGAAAUGAAAUGAAAUGGAAAAUGAAAGGAAAGGAAAGGAAAUGAAUGAAAUGAAAAUUAUGUGUUUCCUAAGGGAACGCAGAGAACAAAAGCAGUUGUUGAGUGUUCUACCCUGGAGUAGACACUAUAUCCUAUGGGUAACAACUGUUCAGUUAUAUAGUCAUUGUAUAGCUUUGCAAAGUAGCUGUGUUAUUGUAGCCUACUUUUUAUUUCUUUGGCAAGUGUGGUUCAGGGAGGUGGAUUACUCGCCCCAUGAUUCCAUAGUUAAUGGGUAGCUGAGGGGUUUGCCCGUCAGCUUGUGUAGUUUCCACAUCCAUUCUCUGGUUCCUCAGCAACACUGAGAUGAAGAUCCGGAUCCUAGGGCAGAUCAACUCAGAAUGUCAAAGGAAGGAACAGCAAAGUCAGCAAUGGAAGCAAAGGAAGAUGGUGUUGGUAUUAUUGAAAAUGUGCCACCAGAGCAAGCAGUUAAUGACAGUUUGACUUCUGCUGGUGGAGUGCAUAAAAAUUACAGAAGUGAUAUCAUGUCAGCAUUAAAAUUAGGAGAAGAGGGAGAUGUAGAACCACCUUCUCUUCCUGAGUAUCAAGUUCCAUUAAAGGUUGAAGAAAAAAAGAAGCACAGAGGAAGUGACAUGGAAGUAUCAGAAAACAUACAUGGUGCUGCGGCUGCUGGAUUAAUUCCACAAAGACAGAAUGGAAAAACUGAUAACCAUCAAUUGCCUAUUACAGAAAAUAAAGAUUCUGAUAGAUAAAAGAAGUAUGAUGCAGGGAAGGCAUGAGCACAGAGGAUCGAGUAUCAACUAUUCACGCAUUUUUUCAAAAGGAAGAACUAAUUCAAAUUAUGUUUUGGUAGUAGAAAAGGGGACGCUUAGGCAAAACUUGCGGACUGGUUGGCAUUCCUCUAGAUAAAUAGGUGAAGCCUGGAUCCUUCACUCCGCCAACCACGAAAAUCGCUAGGGUGAGGUGACACACUGGGUUGGCUCCAACAGUGUGUGCUUCUCAGAAGCCGUCUCACAAAACCUGACCCCAGUGAACUCCUGAGCCAUUCAUCACAAAGACUUUAAAAACAUAGGGUAUACUUUGUCUCUGAUAUAUUGGGUCAACUUUGUCCAUAUAGUUAUGGUUUUGUAUGAUAAGACCCAAAUGGAGAGAUUUCCACGAGCAUACUAAAAUUGUAUGCAAAAUCGUGUGUGUACAUGCACGUGCGUGCUUUGUCUUGUGGGGAUGGAUGUAUAUCCUUCAUCACGUUCUCAAAAGGAGCCACAACUGAAAUAAGGUUAAGAAUCACUGACCUCCGGGUGAGGUUCAGAAAAACAAGACAAACCAAACCAAAACAAGCCCGGAGAGCCCAAGAGCAAAGCCCACAGUUCACACAAAGACAGUCACAGGGUGGGUGGAGGGGACCACACAAUAAAGGUGCUGAAGCAUUAAACUAGCAAAUAGCUGUGCAGAAGCAGAGAGAGCCGUCAGUCCCCACCAGACAGGGUUUGCAUAUUGUGGAUGCUCUGAGCUCAGUUUGCCAGAAUUGAUUUUUUCGAGUCAGGCUCACAAAUCAUUCGGGUCAAGACUGUCCUCCCAAGCCCUUGGAGAAAGGGAGAGAGCCCGCGUGGACCGCAGGUGGGGAAACAGUCCAGCCAGGAGGGAAAGGUUGCUGGGGGGACGUGGCCUGGAACAAUGCUGGGCUUAAACCUUAUGGAGGCAUGAGACAGGGCACCCAUUGUUGAGACGGAUCAUUUCAAGCCUUUUCAGUUUGUUUGUGGUGUGCCUAGAGGCCGUCCUUCCCAAGUGGCACCUUUUCUUGAGGGAUGGGUCUCAGGAACCUGGAGGGGGAAGGGGAGGAGAAGGAUUCACCUCCCCUUGGGCUCACCUCCCCCUGGACUCACCUCCCCCUAGAUUCACCCCCCCACACCCUGGAUUCACCUCCCCUGGGACUCAUCUCCCCUGGAUUCACCUCCCACUGGAUUCACCUCCCCCUAGAUUCACCUCCCCUGGACUCAACUGCCCCUAGAUUCACCUCCCCCUGGACUCACCUCCCCCUGGACUCACCUGCCCCUGGACUCACCUCCCCCUGUUUCACCUCCCCCUGGACUCACCUCCCCCUAGAUUCACCUCCCCCUGGACUCACCUGCCCCUAGAUUCACCUCUCCCUGGACUCACCUCCCCCUGGUUUCACCUCCCCCUGGACUCACCUCCCCCUAGAUUCACCUCUCCCUGGACUCACCUGCCCCUAGAUUCACCUCCCCCUGGUUUCACCUCCCCCUGGACUCACCUCCCCCUAGAUUCACCUCUCCCUGGACUCACCUGCCCCUAGAUUCACCUCCCCCUGGACUCACCUCUCCCUAGUGCCUCACUGCUGAUUAUCUCUUGUUUCUGGUUCUCCUGGCAUUUUCGUAGCCCUGAACUUGGAGCACUCGCCUCUCUUCUCCCACCACCUUAUCCUUCUUCCUCCGCGUUUGACUUUUGUAGUAAGAGGAAUAGGUUACAUUUGCAUUUUUCAGACCCCUUUGGAGGAACGACCCUUGUGUGAAACACUAGUGUAUUGAGCUUCCCUGCUGUGAACUUGCACAAAACUAAUCAUCUUGAGGACCAACUUCUAGUACGUGCUGUGUAUUUAUACACCUUUUUAGCAUAAUUUUUUAAAAAGUAGUGGGAUGAACUGACAACAUUGGGGUGCAAUUAGAGUUUAUUUGCAUCACAAGUGACCUGGCCCAAAGGCUCACCUACUGUCAAGCGAGCAGUAGGCAACAGCGGCAGGUGAAGGCAGCAGGUGGUGAAGGUGACAGGUGAAGGCAGCAGGUGAACAAGGCAGCAGGUGAAGGUCUCUACGCCUCUGUCCGUUCUGAGUUGGUCUUACUUGAUCAGUUCAUUUACUUGUUCAUUAACUGAACACAUAGUAGGCACCAGAGUCCUCUUUUUGGGGUAUAUUUCCUGCCUUCCAGGGAUGGAAGAUUCCUGUAAGGAGAGACAAGUAUGUAACUGUGUGAGGUGGUGCACAGGGGGGCUAUUGACUCAUCAGGUAUGAAGUCUCCCGUUGGCCUAGAGGACAUGAGUCGUUUCCUCUCUAUGAAGUCACAUCUGGGAGGGGCUUGAGGGUCGAGUAGGGAUGUGUGGUGGAGGGAGAGGCAGAAGGAGAACAUUCCAGUGCCGAGAAAAACACAUGAAGACACUCAAUAAGAAAAGACUGGGAAGACAGUGGUGCUAGAAAGUCCAGCCCUCGGAACUUUCUAGCAAGGAAGUAGAUUUUUUCCAGAGGGGUGAGGAGACAGGUAAUGAUGGGUAGAGGUGGAGAGGGAAACAGUGGAGGGUGAGUCUACAAAGAUAGCUGGAGGUUCCUAGUAGGAAAACCCAUAUCUGCUACAGAAUUGCAUUUUAUCCCCAAAGCAACAUGAGGAUAACAGCGUUUUCAAGUGUAGCAAUGAUGGCCAUCACGUGUUUCAUUUUGUCCUAAGUACUUGUCUACAUUAACUUAUUUAGACCUUAUACCAAUUUUAUGAGAUAGGUACUAUCGUUGUCCCCAUUUUAAGAUAAUGAAACCAAAGCACAGAGAGGUUAACCAAAUUACGAGGCCACACAGCUAGUAAGUGAUGAAGCUGUGUGAAUUAGUUAAGAGAGAUUUGGACAAAUACUGGAGAGCAAUGUGCUGUGUGUCCCAAGCUAGUGGCAAGGAAUCCAGUCUGGAGGAUGUUCUAGCAAUCCCAAAAAGGGAUCUUGUGUUGAGACAGAGCUAAGAUGUAAAAGUGCAUCAAAAGUAUUCUGUGUGGGGGCACCUUGGGCUCAGUAGGUUAGCACUCGACUUUGACUCAGGUCAUGGUCUUGCGGUUCAUGGAUGGAGCCUCACAUCAGGCUCUGUGCGGACAGCUCGAAGACUGGAGCCUGCCCCCCCCCCCCGCCCCUCUCCUGUUGUGCUCUCUCUCUCUCUCUCUCAAAAAUAAAUAAACAUUUAAAAAAAGUAUUCUGUGUCAAAAUCCUGUCUCUCAUCUGCUUGUUACCGGAUCCAAAGCAGUCUGGGUUUUCCAGGAUGACUUCAUCAUAGAUUAAAGCUUUGAUAAAGAAUGUUGACUGAA